AUGGGGCCAAAAGGCCAAGUCAGAGUUUUCUGUGAUUCAAGCACAGCUGUCCCUAAUAUUGGAGUUGACUGUUACGACUAUAACGCCCCUCAACUGAAAUGGCUUUUCAAAGGUGUCAAUACUCAAAACGUGAAGACUGUAAGGCUGCGUGGAACGACAGAUUACACUCAAUUGAAAGUGGGCGAGACUAUCGCUGUCGUCUGGGCUUCUGGAAAGGCAGAAAACAAAGAAUUUUUUCAAAAGCUUGAAACUUUUGUCACAUCAGGAGGAGCAUUGGUAAUUGCAGAAACCCCCUGGGGUUAUCUUCAGAUUCAAAAAGGCUCUAUACAGACCAUGCCACACUAUAACUUCUUUAAGAACGUUGGCCUGUGUUAUACGGGAAGGUCAUUUUCAAGCCAAACCGAGAUUGAAGUGUUAGGUAAUCCAGUAGAAAGAGCACAUCUAGGUAGACUAAUGAAAGAUGCUGAAGAAAGUCGGGACAAGCUUCAAGAAGUUGCAGCAAAAAUUGCAAAAAUGAUAUCUGCUUUACCUGAAGACGUGCUAGACACCCAGAGUAUUUUUCAAGACUUUUUUGACAAAUGUGAAGAGCACAUCAGAGGAAGUUCUCUUCCUACUGCCAAGACUCCUAUAUUGUCAGAGUCUUCUAAAAGUAUGCUGCUGCUCUAUGACAUACUUCUAAGAUGGAAUGGUGGCAAGGCUCCAGGAAUCGAGGACUUUCCAGGAGAUUUUGAAUCACCUCCUUUCUUAACAAAGGCCACGAUUUCUUUGACUUCCACUUUGAAGGAGAUCCACCCUACUGGUUACUACCUACCCGCUGGGCAGAAAAUGAAGAUGACUGUGAAAGAAACUGACGUAAAAGGUUGGAAUAUACGUAUUGGAUGUCAUAGUGACAAUCUGAAAAACGUUACUAAGGGUUGGAAAAGAUGGCCAUCAAUUAUGGUGAGAAGACCACUAUCUGCAGGAGAAACAACAAUUUCAAGUCCAUAUGGAGGCUCGAUAUAUUUUGAAAGUCCAUCAGAGACGAAAAACCUACAUGUUGAGCUAGAGUCUGUUGUAGAAGCUCCAUAUUUCGACAUCAAAGAUCCAGAAGCACCUUCACAUUGGAAAAACCGAAAGCUGUCUCCAGGCCUUUGGGCAGACCUUGUGGGAGAACAUGUGAUUAUAUCUCUACCAUCGUCUUCCAUUAGAAAUUUUGACCAUCCUACUGAGGCCUUAACGUUCUGGGACCAGGUGAUAAGGGCUUAUCAUUAUCUUCGUGGAACAGACAUUAAUCUUCAUCGCCGUCAAUGGGUGGUUCCUGACAGACAACCCUCAGCAGGUUAUAUGCACGCAGGUUAUCCAGUGGUUACACAAAUGGAUAUUUCAGAUCCUAACAGGAAUAAUUUCGUAUUAAACACAAAAUACCUAAGAUCAAACGGAAGUUGGGGUCUUUUCCACGAGUUCGGCCAUAACAUGCAGAGGGGUUUGUGGACUUUCCAAGGAACGGGAGAAGUAACAUGUAACAUUUUCACAUUGUAUGCAAUGGACGUUAUCUGUAACAUUCCUGUGUGGAUUCACAAGUGGCUCAGAAAUCAACUUCCCGCUAUCCGCAACUACUUGCUUGCCGGCGCUGACUUCGAUACUUGGAAGAAGAAAGCUGGUGUGGCUUUGGGAAUUUACGCUCAACUUGCACAUUGUUUCGAAUGGGAGUCUUACAAGAAAGUCUUUCGAGAGUAUGAAGAAAACACUGGCCUCAAACCGACCACAAAUGAAGCCAAGAUUGACCUUUGGUACACCAGGUUUUCCAAGUCAGUGAACUAUGAUCUCGCUCCUCUGUUUGAAUUUUGGGGAUUUCCCCUUUCUAGUUCAGCCAAACAGUCAGUGAAUUCCUUACAACCAUUCAUCUGCGAGGAUGAGAUCACUUCUUCUGCUCCAGAGAGGUUUGAAGAGAUCUGUUCAAACUACCCCAACAUUUUUGUGAUGGAGUUUGAAAUUCCAGCAGAUUGUGAUGACUUUGAGGACGGUUACGAUUGUGACUGUUUUCAUGAGGAUGACGAGGAACAUCACCGCAAGCAUCACCAAUAUGAUGCUAAUUUCAAAGUGGAGGACAUUGUACUCCAAAUGUGAUUAAUUCAUAACUGGAAUUGAAAGGACUGUUUAAAUUUCCUAAAGGAUUUAUAACAAUAAAGCAACUGAAAUUAUACAACUAUUAUUAUUAUUAUAACUUCUUAAAUUACUGAUAAUAUGCGAAAAAAAAUAACAAAAGUGACUUUUAGAUAUAUAACCCAAUAUAUGAAUAACCUAUUGUUUUAGUUAUUCUUUAUCUGUAUGUUAGAUGUGCUUCAAAUCUUAAAAUGUUAACAGUUGAUCUACAACACGAAUAUAUCUUUAUAAGAAUUCAAUUUUACUGUACCUACAAUUAUUGUAAUUAAUGAGUUUAAACCUAACUCAUCGAAGUGGCAUAUAUUGUUAUUGUUUCUCAACAAUUGAAAUAAAGUAAAAGUUCUUUGAUAUUUUUUUGGUUCAUCAGACGCCUUGAACAUCAUUUGUAUU